CUGACGCCCGAGGGACUUGACGCUCCUCAUAGACCAAGCAGCACCCACCCGUCAGACAUCAUUCCAGAUUCACCAAAAGGCUUGCUUGCCCUGUCUCAUUGACUAACCACCGCAGCAAACCGUCCAUCUUCCAACGACAUUUAACAUAAUAGUAUCCUCUCCAUCCUCAAACCUGACACAUACUCAACCCUCGUUCAACUUCCUCCACAUCAUUAUUAACCUAUACAGGCUCCAGUCCUUCGAUAUCUCUUCCGACCGCCAUCCAGCAAGCCCUCGUCACUCGGUCCCAACCCCACUACCCCCAACACAUUCCGGAUUUAGUUGAAGGGCACCACUCUGAUCGUUAAAUCACUCGCAUACGAUCUUUCCUAAACGUCCUUGGUCAGCGUCGCGGCCCAGAUCGAACUUCUGCACUUUAUUUUGCCAACGGGCUAUCAGAUAUUGAAGAGCGGUUCACCAUGAGUAGCCCCAAGCGGAGGAUAGAGACAGAUGUGAUGAAGCUCAUGAUGAGCGAUUAUGAAGUGACACUAGUCAAUGACAAUAUGCAAGAGUUCUAUGUCAUUUUCAAAGGACCCACGGAAAGUAAGAGCACAGAAGAUUUUCCAUAAUGCCAAUUCUCGGGAGAGAGAGAACCGUGGUGACUGACGAGACAUGGUUUACAGCACCUUUCUCGGAUGGCAAAUGGAAGGUCCAUGUCGAGUUGCCAGAUCAAUAUCCUUACAAGUCACCGUCAAUUGGCUUUGUCAACCGAAUCUUCCACCCAAACAUUGAUGAGUUGUCCGGAUCGGUGUGUCUCGACGUCAUCAAUCAGACGUGGUCUCCCAUGUUUGACAUGAUUAAUAUCUUCGAGGUCUUCCUUCCACAACUAUUGAGGUACCCCAAUCCCACCGAUCCUCUCAACGGAGAGGCAGCCGCUCUACUAAUGAGAGAGCCUCGGAGCUACGAUGCACGGGUCAAAGAAUACGUUCACCAGUACGCCACCAACAUCCAUGACGCAGCAGAUGAGGAAGAAGGUGAGACGGACGGAGAAUUGAGCGAAAUCGAAGAUUUCAACAGUGAUGGCGAGGACGAACCUGCCGGCAAACUGGAAGAUGUUUAAAGUUGGAGUUCUGGAGCUAGCUCAAGUCUGAUUCAACAUGUUUCGGCUGUGGACUUUGAGGCACGGCGCUGGGUGCUUUGGGCCUAUACUUUCAGCGUCAGGUCAAUGGAAUCGGAACCAUAUCGAUUGUUGGAGUCAAUUUAUCUCCAGAAGCUCGUGGAGGUCUGGAUGCAGGUUUUAGGGCAUAUUAAGGCAGCAAUCAGAAUCUCAAGACUUUUACUACGAA